UCUCUAAGGAAAUUCAAUUCCUGUUAUAAGUUUUCUUUAAUUUUAAUUGAUUUUAUCCCUUUUCCCUUACAGAUCAUGUCGAGCACUGAUAGUUGCAGUGACAGCAGUUCCUCCAGCGAUGAAAGGCACCGGAAAAGGAAGCACAAGAAGCACAGCAAAGAUGUGGACAAGUCCAAAAAGAAGAAGUCCAAGAAGCACAAGAAAGUGAAGCGUCGCCACAAGGAGAAAAAGCGAAGCAGGCAGGAGGAGGAGCAACCUCCAGCUUUGUUGAACGUUGCGCCACCAGAAGAUGUGGCUUCAAAUAGUGAAGAUGCCUUUGGUCCUGCACUGCCACCGCAUUUGAGGAAGCCGAUUCUACCAGAAAUUCCAGAGGAGAGCCAACCGAAAGUGCAACCGCAGGCCAUGAUUGGUCCCAUUUUGCCCAGCAGUUUGGCUAAGGAAAAGUCUCCUGUUGAAGAUGCCGAAUCGGAGGAUGAAGAUGAUCUGGCUGGCACCUUUGGCCCACUGCCAAACGCCAGCCAAGUGGCCUUAGAGGAGCGUGCUUUGGCCCUCAAGUUGGCUGCCCUGGAGGGCGGAGCGCUGGGUACUUCGACAGACCAGGAAGUGCGUGAAGAGUGGAUGCUGGAACUGCCGGAUGUGGGUCUAAAAAGCGGUCUUGCCGCCCUGAGCAACAUGAAGCGCACCUUCCAUCAGGGAAAGGAGCGACCCGACUUCAGCGAUCGAUCCUCCUGGACGAAGACGCCCCAGAGUGAAGCGGCUGCUGCUGCAGCGGGACCAAAGUCCUUCAGCUCCAAGGAACUGGAGCAGAUGGCCCAGGCGAAGUACGAGCAGCAGCGCGAUGACGAACAGGAGAGUAUGGCCAAGAAACACAAAAAAAAGCACAAACGUGACGAGUCUCUGGUGGAGUUGCAUCAAAAAAAGCUAAGAAAGGAGCAGAGGGAAAAGGAAAAGGAGUUGGCUGCCUCGGGUUCCAAGCCAGAACGAAGACCCUUUAGCAGGGAUGUGGACUUGAAGCUUAACAAGAUCGACAAGAAUCAAACCAAGCAGAUUGUGGACAAGGCAAAGAUACUCAACACCAAGUUCUCCAGGGGGCAGGCCAAGUAUCUUUAG